AUGGCCGACUCUAUACUAGACGAUAUCUCGCAUCGAAGAUAUAACGCCUUACGGGGGACCUAUGUCCUGGUCUCCCCGCAUCGAACCAAGAGACCAUGGCAAGGCCAGCAGGAGUCCCCCUCCAAAACCCUUCUUCCCUCAUAUGACCCGGACUGCUACUUGUGCCCCGGUAACAAGCGGGCGCAGGGAAACGAAAAUCCUCGAUACACCAAGACCUUUGUUUUCGUGAACGAUUUCAGUGCAGUAAAAGAAGAUCAACCUGAUUAUGAUCCUGGGCAAGACGACAACGAUCUCGCAUCGACCUUCCUCAGAGCCGAAGCGGUGACAGGAAGGUGUUAUGUUCUCACAUUCUCCCCCAGUCACAAUCUCACUUUGGCCGACCUCUCAACCAGCGACAUCACCCCUAUAGUCAAUGCCUGGACCGACAUUUUUAUCAGCCACCUACCGAGCAAUUCACCGCUUGUGACGCGCGAGCGAGCCGCGUUAUCAUCCGACUCUCCAGCGUUGCAAAUCUCAAAGCCAAACCAGCAGUAUCGCUAUAUGCAAAUAUUUGAGAACAAGGGCGCUACUAUGGGGUGUUCGAAUCCCCAUCCCCAUGGGCAAAUAUGGACAACAAGCUCAUUGCCAGAGGAGCCAGCGCAGGAAUUGGAGCAACUGAAGAAGUAUCGUCGAGAAAAACCAGGUAGACACAUGCUAGAAGAUUAUGCUUCACUCGAACGGGAGAAACAAGAAAGAAUAGUAUUCGAAAACGACGCAUUUCUGGUACUCUGUCCCUGGUGGGCCGUAUGGCCUUUUGAAACCAUGAUCAUUAGCAAAAAGCAUAAACGCUCACUGGCGGAUCUAACGACAGUGGAACGGGAACAGUUAGCGGAAGCAAUCGCAGAGAUUACUAGAAGGUAUGAUAAUCUUUUUGAUACGCAUUUUCCGUAUAGCAUGGGGAUUCACCAAGCUCCGCUGGACGGGACGGUGGAGGAAAUGGACGCUUCUCAUCUACAUUUACACUUUUAUCCACCGCUACUGAGAAGCGCGACAAUCAGGAAGUUUCUGGUCGGAUAUGAGUUGAUGGCUGAGCCUCAACGUGAUAUCACUCCGGAGCAAGCAGCAGCGAGAUUACGAAGUUGUGGAGGUGAAUUAUAUCGAAAGUUAGGAGACGGGAAUCAAUAG